AUGGUCCAAGGAUCCCUGAAGAAGGCCGGCCCCGCCACCGCUGGACGCAAGCCUGCGAAGACCACCCGGCCUGGCGUUCGUUCGGUCGCGCCUAAGAAGGCCAAUCUGAUUAAGCAGCGGAAGUUGACUCAGAAACUCACAUCCGGUCUUGUUGGCAAGACGGAACGCAGUCUUGCGACCAAGGCGGGCCAUCUUGAGCUUCUCUCUGGUGGAAAGAAGGAUCGUCUGUUGAAGGAGAAGAAGAAGGCCCAGGAGGCUGGUAAGAAGGCUUGA